CGGCAACUUUUAACGCCGGGUUCAUGUGAUGUGAAUUUAUUUUAUUGGUGAUUAGUAGUGACUGAAUAGGACUGACACGGCUGGUAGCUGCCUGGGAAGAAAAGGGAAUGUGAGAGCACGGAGCACAGCGGCAGGGCGCACCGCUGUCUCACCGCCUAUCAUCAGCUGAGCUUUUCACAUCCCCGGGCCCAGCCGUUAUCAUAGGCCUCGCAAAGAAAGGGCAAGAGAAAUGUAAACUACCUCGAUGCCCUGUGUUGCAUCAGACCGCAUUUGCUGCACACGGUGAGAGGGACUCCAGCAUGGGGGUCAAAACCUUCACCCACAGCUCGACGUCCCACAGCCAGGAGAUGCUCGAGAAGCUCAACGCGUUGCGCAACGAGGGCCACUUGUGCGACGUCACCAUCAGGGUCCAAGACAAGCUCUUCCUGGCACACAAAGUGGUCUUGGCCUGCUGCAGUGAAUUCUUCCGCUCCAAGCUUGUGGGGCGCCCGGAGGAGGAGGACAAGUUUGUGUUGGACCUCCAUCACGUGACGGUCAGCGGCUUCGCUCCCCUCCUGGAAUACGCCUACACCUCCACCCUCUCCAUCAGCACGGAGAACAUCAUCGACGUGCUGGCGGCAGCCAGCUACAUGCAGAUGUUCGCCGUGGCGAGCACCUGCUCCGAGUUCAUGAAGUCGAGUAUCCUGUGGAGCCCGAGCAACGGCAACAACAACAACAACAACCUGACGGCGGACAAGCCGCACGAGUCCGCGGCGGAGAGCGCCUCGUCCAACUGCGCCCUGACGCCGCUGGACGGCAGCGUGUCCCCCGUGUCCUCCGACUGCAGCGUGAUGGAGCGGAACGUCCCCAUAUGCCGCGAGUCGCGGCGGAAACGCAAAAGCUUCGUGACCAUGGCGUCCCCGGAGAGUCCGCUCAAAGGCACCGCGCAGAUAGUCACCACCUCCCCCCAGAUCCCCAACCCGUCCCCGUCCUUCUCGGACGGCCCCGCCCAGCCCGUGGAGUCCUCGCUGGCCUUCCCGUGGACGUUCCCGUUCGGCAUCGACCGGCGGUUCCUCUCGGACAAAUCAAAGCUGCCGGAGAGCCCCCGCUGCGUAGAGCCGGGCGCCCCGGGGACCUCGGAGGUGGCGGUCGCGCGUCGGCUCAGUGACUUUCUGACGUGCGAGAGCUCCAAGGCGGUGUCAUCGCCCGUGGGAACAGAGGAGGAGGACGUAAGGGUGAAAGUGGAGCGCCUCAGCGAUGAGGAGGUCCAGGAAGCCUCGUCGCAGCCGGUCAGCGCAUCUCAGAGCUCGCUGAGUGACCAGCAGACAGUGCCAGGGAGCGAACAGGUCCAGGAAGAGCUCCUUAUUAGUCCACAGUCCUCCUCUAUAGGGUCCAUGGAUGAGGGAGUGUCAGAGGGCUUGCCGUCAAUGCAGAGCACCUCUAGCGCUGCAGGACACGCAGAAGAUGACGAAAGGUUGGAGGGAAUUCAGUAUCCAUACCACCUUUAUAUAAGCCCGUCAGCCCGGCCCGGCUCCAACGGCCCUGACCGGCCCUUUCAAUGUCCAACCUGUGGAGUCAGAUUCACACGUAUUCAAAACCUCAAACAGCACAUGCUCAUUCACUCAGGCAUUAAACCUUUCCAGUGUGACCGGUGUGGGAAAAAGUUCACACGGGCCUACUCCCUAAAGAUGCAUCGGCUGAAGCACGAAGGUAAACGCUGUUUCCGGUGCCAGAUUUGUAGCGCCACAUUCACGUCCUUCGGUGAAUAUAAGCACCACAUGAGAGUCUCCCGACACAUAAUCCGCAAGCCGCGGAUUUAUGAGUGCAAAACAUGCGGCGCCAUGUUCACCAACUCUGGCAAUUUAAUUGUACACCUGAGGAGUCUGAACCAUGAGGCGUCCGAACUAGCAAACUACUUCCAGAGCAGUGAUUUCCUCGUGCCCGACUACCUGAGCCAGGUACAAGAGGAGGAGGAGGCUCUGGGAGUCCAGUAUGAGCUGGAGGAGACCCAACACCACCCGGUCUACUCGGGCGCCCCCCCCUCAACCACCUCCACCCUCGCCUCUUCCUCCUCCUCCUCAGUCCAGAUGCCCGUCAUCUCCCAGGUCUCCUCCUCCACCCAGCAUUGCGAGAGUUCCUCCGGCUUCCUCUCACCCGAACCCCUGGAAGCCCCGACCCCCCUCAAGACGGAUUCCGACGAGACGGCCGUAAUCACGGAGGAGAGCAAAAUGGACGACCAAGUCGGAGGCAGUUCCCCAGAGGAGUUCGAAGAGGAGCAGCAGCAGGAACAUGCUCAGGCCAACGAGGUGGCUUCCAUAACCAUAGAGUGAUAUCAAGUCUUCUACCGACCCAUUCUGUCUUAUUUUUGCAGUCAUGUCAUAUGAAAAAAAAGAUGGGAAGGACGAAAGGGAGGACUGGGACACAUGAUUCUGAUUCUGAUGAACAUUGUGGACACAUCGAAACAUGGAACCAUGAAGAAGCCGUGAUUGGAUGUUUUCUGAAGAACUCUUUUUUGGCUUCAGGGUAUUUUAAACAGCAAAAAACGAAGCACUUAACUCGAGUUGAUGUUUCACACCAGAUAUCGCUCAGUCCGCUGGUCCUGGGCUCAAAACAGUGGUACUACCUGGACUUUACAGUUACAAGUUUGUUUGUUUUUUUUUUUGGUCAUUUUUUUUGUAGGAAAGUUGUCUUUUCUUAUAUGGCACGACUGCAACACUAACUAAAGUUAUUUCUAUCUCUCGCCAAUUUGAGGUCUGUCAAUUCCAAGCCUUGUUCUCCUUUUGGAAAGUGCCUGUGAGCUCAAGCUUAAAGUAAGACAUAGAAGAAGAUAACUUGACUUUGGCAAAAGUGACAGGUCAAGUCAAGUAGAGCUUAAAAAAAAGCCCUCGUAGUUCAUUUGUAAAGCCGGUUUGUAUGGGCAGAGACUGUGUAUUCAUUUGGUGCCGUUGCUAUUGGCAAACUGUUAAAUGUUGAUAUUAUCUAUUCUGCAAAAGCCUAGACUGUAGUUCUGUUUGAAUGCUGUGUAUGUUGGGUUUUGUAAAGUGUGUGUCAGAUGUGUGUGUGUGCAUUUCUUUAAUCAGUAUGAACACAGUACAUUUCAUUUUUGAAUAUUUAAAAACUUGAAAUAUGUUGACAAAGUAUUCCCUAAAGACAUUUGUGUGGUAUAUGAUUUUUUCCUGACCUUUUUCUUUAUCAUUAUGCACAUUUUUAAAUGAACAUUCUUGUUCUUUUUCAAAACCCAACUUUCACCAACACUUUUUGACAAGAUAAUCUAACUAAAUGUCAGAAUAAAAUAGAAAUCUAUGUUUAGUGAACAAAAAAAAAUCUAAUUUAAAGUUUAAAGGUUGCAGCGUUGUCUCAGAUAUAUGUAUAUGUAGCAUUUCAUUCCAGUUGAAGUUCAGCCUGCUUGGCCGAUAGCAGUUUUUUUAAAUUUGAAAGCUGGUUUGUUGUGUAGAUAUGGCCUGUUUUCCAGAUUUCACAGAGUUACUAGCUGACUGACUAGCUGAGUUGAUCCAUUUCUGGUGUUUUAACACAUCGCAUGUCCUUUUGAGUGCUGGUUCAUUUAGGUACAACAUAUUUUUUAACGGUUUUAGGCUCGUGUGACUUUUCCUCACCAGGGUUAUGACAAAAGGGAAAAAGCUUGGAUGUAAAACUCCUCCUGUUGGCAUUUCCACCCAGUUAGCACUUUAGCAGCACCCAUGUUUUGUAGUGUAGUGUAGUGUAGUGCAACCCAGUGUCCCGACCCCCAGCUUCAGAAUUCAGCCUCUUAUUAUUACGUUGCAGGAUGUUUGAUUUUAUUUUUUUAAACGUCAACACAGCAAAUUGUAAUCAUUUGCAACAUGAAGAUAUGGUGGAAUAACAGCAAAAACCUCUUGCGUGCGCUCAGCUUCUGUUGUGUUGUGUUGUGUUGAGGUGUGUUGCGCUGGUGAGGCUACUGAAGCGCUAGCUUUUUGUACACCACGCUGAACAACCGGCGCACGGUUGUCAGCCAGUGACGAGUCACAGGCCUGCUGAGUGUUCAUUUUGACCUUAUUGCUUUCCAAAGCGACACGGAACACGCCAAUGCGAGUUGAAUCAACUCAAAACGAGAAGUGUGUUGUUACGCGAUUCAGUCCCGGUCAGCGCGGUUUUGACAGCAGGCUGUCCUUCACGCUACUAAUCUCACUUUAUUUCCUCUCUCAUGUACUGUUAACGGUGGAACCUCCAGUUUACCUGUUACCUGUAUCGUGCCAACGCGGUUCGCAGUUCUGUACAUAUAGACAUUAUUGUGCCUGUAUUUGGAGAAGAUAAUGACGCCCAUGGCCACGCUCCAUGAGUUGAAUGCUACUGACAGUGACUUGUUUGUUGUUCGGUUUGAUUUCCAGCCCCUCUGAAAGUAAUCUUAAGCACGGUCGGUCGGUCUGGAGUGGAGAGACGGAAUAAACUCACAUGCAGGGCUGAUUGUAAAUGUUCAGAUUAACAUUGCUGUGAUUUGGGCACCUCCACCCCUCACCCCCACACUUCCACUCAUUGAAAUCCAAUGAAAACGCCCUGUGCCAUCCUCUCAGUCACUUUUUUAAAACGUGCCAGUUACCCGUUUUUUGUCUGGGUACAAAUCAAGCUUUUUUCCUACAGGACCAAAUGUUCUUUUUAUCUCAUUGGGGAUUUGCCAUGGCAAUCAGUAAUUGCACAUGAUGAAAGAAAGAGAUAAUCAUUCUAAGUAGUGGGUUAUAUUUCGUAUCGGGGGUCCUGCUGUACUGCCCCUUAAAACACUGUAUGAUGUUGUGCAUUUAAGAGGCUAGCCUUAGUUAAUGGACCUAUUAACUAGUUGCACAAAAUCAAGAAAUAAAAAAAAUGUUUUCUAUUCUUCAUUUGUAUGUAAUGCUUUUCAUCUGUUUUGCUCAGUGUCUGUAUUCUAACUACGUUUUUUUUUUUUUUAUAAUGAAAUGCUGCUGUUUGUUGAAACGCAAAGUGCCCAAACUAUUUUUGUGAAUCAAUGGUGUGCAAUAAAUGGACCAGUGUUGUUUCAAAGUUCUAAUUUAGUCUUUCAAGUAACAAAUGUGUACAAGCAUAUUAAAAGAAUGUAUAAUUUUGCUUCGAUCAAAUGUGAUGAGGGUGGCUCGUUCAGGCAAGGACCCCAUUGUAUCUGUGAAUCCCGGAACGAGGCUUUGAUAUCCCACAAAUGGUUGUGUUCAGCUCAUUUGUGUUUGUUUCAAAAGUUGCAUGUUCAUAUUGUUCUGUAACGUGGAAGAGAGCAUGUAUGAAGUCAGUGGUGAAUUCUGUCUUGGCCUAAAUUUAGUCAAUGACUUUUCAUCCGGUGUAGCUCUGAUCUGUUUCAGCAUGCCUCCUUUUUUAUUUCUGUACAUUAUCCCUUACUAGGUGUAAUGUUCUACAGUAUCUUAAUUACGUAUAGGACAUGCCUUUUCAAUUUACACUUGAUGUUGUAUACGUUUUUCCAGUCCACAUGGUUUAUUUAAAGUGAGGAAAAUACAAGAAAAUACUCGUAGCUUAACACAAUGACAUAUUUUUUGGUGAGUUUUGUAUUCUGGUAGUUGUUUCCUGGCAUCUUUGGAUAUUCUUGUUAAAUGUGAGAGCAGUUUAGUCUUGGAGUACGGGGGGCCUUGGUAGUCUUCACUUUGUGACUGUCUGCAGUUUGUGUGUAUAUAUAAAUAAAUGUACAGUAUAUACACUUAUACUAUGUUGCAUAUUCUUUAUACUUUAUAGGCUACUUGAUUAAACAUGCUUUCA